AUGCCACCUCUGGCACCCCCAGAAAUACUAAAGAUGCUGCUGCUGCCACUGCUCCUUGGGGUUGCCACAAGCAGAUGUCUACAUGAUGAGACUCAGAAGUCGGUGAGACUUCUCAGGCCCUCUUUCUCCCAGCUGUCCCCAAACCUUCGCUCUUCUUCCCUCAACCUCCCUGGCUCCAGAGAUCCUCAACCCCUGCGCAUCCAAACCUGCUAUAUAGAGGACCCUACCUCAAAUAGAGCUUGGGUUACUACGGGAGAUGGGACGAGAGUGGAGUCCCGAGCCCUGGCCGCAAUAAGGGAGGCCACUCAGCGAAUCCAGGGUGUCCUAGCAGUGCAAGGACCCCUGCUUCUGAGUCGAGACCCUGCACAAUAUUGCCACGCUGUCUGGGGAGACCCAGAAACCCCAAACUACCACAGGUGCAGCCUCUUGAACCCAGGGUACAAAGGAGAGAGUUGCCUGGGGGCAAAGAUUCCUGAUGCUCAUCUCCGUGGUUAUGCCUUGUGGCCAGAACAGGGUUCCCCACAAGUGGUCAAGCCAGAUGGGCCUGGGGUCCAAAACACUGAUUUUCUCCUGUAUAUGAGGAUUGCCCACACUUCCAAAUGCCACAAAGAGGUGAGGUUCACCUCUGCCUUGCUUUGCCAACAAUUCUAAACCCCUCCCAAGUCAUCCUCAAUGCCACUCCUGAAGAAUUCUGCAGAGUCCCCUGGUCACCCAUUUUCAGGAAGAUUUCCUUUAUCUAUGCUACCCCUCCUUCUCCUUGUCCUGGCCCAUCCACAGCCCUCUAUCAUAGCCUAUGCCGCAUGCUGCCAGCUGGACUCUGAAGACAGGCCUCUUGCUGGUACCAUUGUCUACUGUGCCCAACAUCUUACCAGGCCCAGCCUGAGCCAGAGUGACAUCGUCAUGGCCACGCUGCAUGAAUUGCUCCAUGUCCUGGGUUUCUCUGGACAACUCUUCAAGAAGUGGCGGGAUUGCCCCUCAGGACUCAGCGUUAGAGAGAACUGCUCUACAAGGCAACAAGUGACAAGGCAAGAUGAGUGGGGACAGCUGCUUCUCACCACCCCAGCUGUUAGCCACAGCCUGGCCAAACACUUGGGGGUACUAGAGGUUUCAUUGGGCGUUCUCUUGGAAGAAGAGGGCCCUUUGUCCUCACACUGGGAGGCCAGACUACUCCAGGGCUCUUUAAUGACUGCUACGUUUGAUGGUGCCCAGCGCUCUAGACUUGACCCAAUCACUCUUGCUGCCUUCAAAGACUCAGGCUGGUACCAGGUCAACCACAGCGCUGCAGAGGAGCUGUUGUGGGGCCAGGGAUCUGGCCUGGAAUUUGGCCUGGUGACCACAUGUGGGACUGGCUCCUCGGACUUCUUCUGCACUGGCAGUGGGCUAGGCUGUCACUACCUGCACCUGGACAAGGGAAGCUGCUCCUCUGACCCCAUGUUGGAAGGCUGCCGCAUGUACAAGCCCUUAGCUAACAAGAGUGAAUGCUGGAAGAAGGAAAACGGACUCCCAGCUGGGGUGGUAAAUCCUCAUGGGGAGAUCUACCAUGCCCAGAGCCGUUGCUUCCUUGCCAACCUCACUUCACAACUGCUCCCUGUGGAUGAGACCAGGCAUCCUUCUCAGAUCCCACACCUCAAGGAAGUAGAGCUCACUGGCCGCUGCUACUUGCAUCAAUGCACAGACAGGGGUGCAUACAAGGUGCAGGUGGAGGGAUCACCUUGGGUCCCAUGCCUCCCAGGAAAGGCUAUUCAGAUACCUGGGUACUCUGGCGUCCUCUUUUGUCCCCAGAGUCGGCUGUGUCGGACUAAUGAAGGUACCAAUGCUGUUAUUUCCCCACCUGUGAGUCUUUCAACCCAAGCUCUGCUGUUCCAGCUGUCCUUAGGUUUAGCUGGACCUCCAGGCCACUCUCUGGGGAAGGCACAGCAAGAAGAGCUGGCUGAAGUGGUACUGCAGGCACUGGUGAGCAGAAGUGGCAUGAGCAGGUGCUAUUUCCACAGCCCAUCCAUUACUGCUAGUUGGGUGUUCACUGUGCAUAUGUGGAAGUCUCCUGGCUGCAAGGGGCCUUCAGUUUCUAUGCUGCACAGGGCCCUGACCCUGACUCUCCAGGAGAAACCCCUAGAAAUUCAUCAUGGAGGAGCCAGCUUUACCACAGAAGAUAACAAACCAAAUAGUACCUCCUGUAUUCCCGGGUUGCUGGUUACCUUGGACCAUAAUCCCUCCAUGACCCAUCUAAGUCUGACCAUGGGACUUUGUCUAAUGCUGCUUAUCCUGCUGAGUGCACUGGGAGCCGUAGCCUAUCAGAAACGAGCUACUUUUCAGGUAGGACCAUCUGUCCCUUACCAUUUACCAGAGCUCUACAACACAAGGAGCCCAGAUGGAAGAAUAAGGGAGGUGUGA